AUGUGGGUCCUAGAUAGCUCUGGAACCUCCUUCCAAGGUAGGAGGCUCUGGCUCCGACCGGGAAAGCGCUACUUGAUCGGUCGGACAUCAUCUGAAGCUGGCCAGCUCGUUAUCACCCACAAGACGAUAUCUCGGAAACAUCUUACGAUCACCGUUGACCCCGUCACUGAGGGUCAUGCCCAAAAUCUUGCGAGCAGAUCACGGCUGACCAUCGAAGACUUGAAUACCUCCAAAGGCACCUUUAUCAAUGGGCAAUCUAUCCAGAACCAGACGCAUGUGCUUGCGACAGAAAACGUGGAAUUUACUAUGGGAAAAUGUCCCGACAUCUUUCGCAUCACAUGGGUUCCAGUGGUCCUCACAUAUUCCUUUACGAGCCGAGAGAUGAAGAACGAUCCCCUUAAAACUCUACGAAGCGAUCUAGAACAGCUUGACAUCAAAUUCAUCACCGACUACAAUGUCAAAGCCACUACCCAUGUCGUUUCGAAGAAGCGAAACACGGCGAAAGGUUUGCAAGCUCUGAUAAAUGGCAAGUAUAUUGUGUCCGGAUCCUUCCCGGAUUCCAUCAUCGCCGGUGCCACGGUCCAGGAAGGUGACGAAAGUCCUCUGGAAGUGGACUUUGAUGCCAGUUGGCCUAAUGAGCUGGAUUACCUUCCUCCUCGCGGAUCCGAGGCCUCGCAAAGCCCGACGUCGCAGUAUGCGCCCGACCCCUCUAGAAGGGAAAUAUUUAGUGGAUUUACCUUUAUCUUCUAUGACAAGGCGCAGUGGGAGAACCUUUUAGCGCCGAUCACGAAUGGUAGGGGAAAGGCGUUGUAUUUCGAGGUGACACCACAUCAAACGCAGGUAAACGAUUUCGUUCGCUAUGUCAAGUCAAUCGCAGGAGAAAAAGGUCUCGGAUCAUUCGAAGAUGGAAGCGAAGGAAAGGGCGCCGUCGUGGUCAGAUAUAUCCCAGCGAAAGGAGCCGACGUGUCCUGGUACACGGAAUUUACCACAGCUGUCUCUCUCCAACUCGACCACCGUCCCAUCGAACAGAAAGAGUUCCUAGAGGCUAUCUUGGUGAAGGAUGCGACGAUGCUACGACGGCCUCUGCCCAUUGAUGACCGCCCAGUGGAACCACCGCAACCGGAGACGAGGGGCGGUGCUAUGCGCGCUGCGAGCGCACUGAGGGAUGUUGAGAUGGCGGACUCUGCGCAAGAUGGAGCGGACACUUCGCAGGAGCCGAGCCAGGUGGACCAAAAACCUGUCGGCCUUUCGACUUCCCGACGAAGUCGUGUCCGGCGCCCCGCUACUCGGCGAUUCAAAGGGUUCGAUUCCGAUGAUGACGAUGAUAUACCUUCCAUCCAAGAAUCUGCGGCCUCUCUGCCUGGCCCUGAGACAAACACAGAGCGAAAGGAACCAUUAGCCUCGAACGCGGAGAGGGAAGAAGAGGGGCUGUUCGUGUCUCAGGGCUCGGUCAUCGCUAGUCAGGAGGACCCGGCCCAGACUCAGCAGAAUGCCCGGAAAAGAAGGGAACAUCCCCUCCCCGACGAAGACGACAUAAUGGACGAUAUAGCGCCGACGGCAGCGGCGGCCAAGAGGCGAAGGAUAGCCCGGGGCGAGGACCCCGUGAUCAGGGACGAAACACCCGAGACGAUGGAUGUCGAAACUCAGCCCAAGCAAACCGAGAAGCCGAAGAAGAUUAAGAAAGAAAUCGACGUGCUGGAGGUCGCGCGUAAGACGCGCGAAGAAGCGGAGGCCCGGGCGCGCGCUGAGCAGGAGGACCUAAACAACCUCCCCGAAGACAUCAACCUCGCGGAAAUUCGAAAGCUAGCCAUCGUGGAGGAGAUGGCGGUCCGUGUACCGCCGAGCGCGAGGACGAGGGAUCAGGAUAUUGCGGAUGGACGGUGGGAUCCCAGGUGGAAUGGGAGGAAGAAUUUCAAGCGAUUCCGUGCGCGGGGGGAGGUUAGCGGGCGUCCUGCCAUUCGCAAUAUCAUUUCCCUCACGCAGGUUAAGACGAAGGAGUUUGGGAUCGGGGACGAUUAUUGGCUUGAGGAUGAUGCGGCGGCUGCUAGGAAGGAAAGCCAGGGGGUGCCUAGCCAGCCAUCCCGGCCUGUUGAAAGUAGCAAUGCAUCAUCUAGCCAGCGGACACGGACGCAGACUUCGAGGCGACAGGCGUCAAGACGGACGGUCUCCUCGGACGAUAGUGACGAGGAUGAAGAUGAAAUAUCUCUGGGCAUCACGGAGCUAGACCGAGCCUCGUCCUCACGAGCGCGGUCGUCUGGAACAACGCAGCGAACGGCUUCGUCACAGGUUGCGUCUACGAGGAGCCAGACGAGGGCAUCGACGCAGGCGAAGAGGCCUGCGGCUACCCCUGUGGUUGCGCAGCCGGCAAAGAGGCCGAGGCAGACGCGGCGGGCGGUGGCUGCUGAGAGUGAGGAUAGUGACGAGGAUGUAGGGUUCAAGUUUGGCAGGAGGAGGUAG